UGGAAUUAUUCCUUACUUUUCUGCUGGUCGCAUCAAAAAUGCUUUUAGGAAGUAUAGUUUUCGUAGUUCAAUCAGUGAAGUGAUUAACUACGGACUGGAUGACUGGGGUUCGAUCCCCGACAGACCGAUAUAAGUUUUUGAUGUAGAAAUGUUGCUUCGCUCCAGAGGGUUGAUGAAAACAGUUCAGAAUAUGAAUAAAACAAAUCUUGGUCUAUUGCAUACUAAAACGUUGGCAGUGGAACAUGAUUAUGUGAAUCAUAGGUUCUACAUAAAGCUGGGCAAUGACGUUGCUUUCAUUCAGUAUGACAUGUUUAACAACGUUUUAGACUAUAAGGAAACUUACGUUCCACCAGCUUUUCGGAGGAAAGGUGUAGCUCAGGUCCUGGCAGAGGCUGCAUUUGACCAUGCUGUGAAGAAUGACCUGAAGGUGAAAGUGACCUGCACGUAUUUACAGAAGUACCUUGAAAACCAUCCUUUGUCAGAAUAUACGAGCCGAAUUGUUGACUAGACCGAUCACCUCAUUUCAAAGUCUUGUUUAAUGCAUUGAUUGGAAGUACGUAUAGUAAUUUUAAAAUUAAGAGGAUAUACCUAACCUAACCUGAAAACAUGGAAGACAAAGACCUGAAGGCCAAGAUCCACUACUAUUGCCGAGAAAAGCUGUAUCAUGCGAUGCAAUCAGCUGCCCUUGACGGGCUUCGCAAGUUUCCAGGUGAUGUCACAUUUCAUCUGUACAACGGCUUAUCAUUGGUACUGGGACAUCGUAUACAAGAAGGGAUACGGGAACUACAACCACUUCAGAGUGACCGUGAUGUCAUGCUGGGUGCUAUUCUGGCACUCAUGUUUGCACAUCGACGUUGCAGUGUCGUAGACAGGGAAGCUCUUGCUCAGCUGGACAAACGACUGAAGGAAGAACGCAAGCAUGCUGGUGAGAUGGGACUGUAUCAUGGAGCAGUUGUUCUUUUCUAUACGGGCAAACCAGAGAAAGCUCGAGAUUAUGCCGACAGGCUUCUCAAAUCUAAUUCCAUUUCUCCAGAUGGACUUGUAAUUAAGGGUUGGAUUGAAAUGUAUGUUGGAAAGGAAGGCAUAUUCAAAGAUAUUCCUCACUACUUUGAGUCAGCCUUGGAACAUAGUCCUGGCAAGCGAAAUAUUGAUGCUGUAUUUGGUAAAGCUCAUUUUCUGGAGCUUCAAAAUGAUUAUGAAGGCGCAAUUGGUCUUCUUAACCAGCUGGUAGUGAGGUUUCCUACAUUCACUCCACCUUUGGUAGAAAAAAUGAAAAACCAGCUUGCACUGCUGGACUGGGAUCAAGCUACUGAGACGGCAAACAGAAUUUUAGCAGCAGAUCAACACUGCUUGGAAGCUAUGAAAAUAAAGGCUUUGGUACUUAUUUGUCGAGAAGGAAGUCAUGAAGAAGCAAGUCUGAGCUUGAGAUAUUUCUACAAUGAGAUGGAGAAAUCUGAAUCUAAGAAUGCUGAGUUAUUUGUGGAGAAUGCUCAGCUGUUUUCACGGGCGUGUGGACGAAAUGAGGUUAUACUUGCUGAAACGUACCGCUUUGCUGAGAGAGCUGCACAACUCGAUCCAACUAGCGCCGACUUUAUGACAGAGCUAGGUUAUCAGUGUUUGUUGCAGGGCAAGAUCAGAGAGGCCACGAGACUGUAUCGUAGUGCCACCAAAGUGGAUGACUCGUCUGUUUUAGCUUUAUCAGGGUUAACAUUGUGUCAGCUGAGUGAGAGUGGGGCUAAUGAUCAGGUUCGCCAACAGGUGGAAUUCCUUCAAGAAGUAGAGGGAUCUCAGCCAACUCCCAGUCUCUUACUCAUGUCAGCCAAGCUUGUUUCUGGUAACGCUGAAAAAGCUGUUGGGUUUCUGAAUGAGGCUGUCGAAAUACAUUUCAGGAAUCUGCGUACCUUACCAUAUGGUUCUAAAUACUUGCGGAGUCUUGAUCCAGAUUUCUUGCUUCAGGUCGUGAAAGAAUUCCUUUUAUAUGCUCCCGUCUCUUCUUCGACUGCAGGUAUCGCUACCGGUGCUACUCCAACACUGCAACAAGGUCUGUCAUCUUUACCAGUGCCUAUGAAGCAGAGCUUGACAAUUCUUGAAGCAGUGAGCAAGGCUUGUCCAGGUCUUCUGGAAGCAUUAUACCAAUUUGCAUAUGUUCAGUUCAUUAGUGGAGACACUAAAGGGGCAUCUCUGACUUUACAACAUAUCUUGAAUGAUGUAGAUGCCACAUGUUCUGAUGCACAUCUGCUUAUGGCACAAAUUCUUGUUCAACAAGGCCAUUACCAGCGAGCUGCACAGAGUCUAGAAGUGGGACUCAGUUACAAUUUCAAAGUCCGUGAGCAUCCAUUAUACCACCUCAUCACAGCACUCGUACAGAAGCAGCAAGGAAAUAUCAAGGAGUGCAUAGAGACUCUCCAGACGGCAAUGACUCUCACUGGAUUGAAGGCAGGAAGUGGAGGCCAGGUUGAGGCUACAGGUGGGUCACCUGGACUGUCCUUGCCAGAUAAAGCAUCUCUAUACCUCGAACUAGUAGAGGCACAUAAAUCUGCAGAUCAGAUGCAUGAGGCUGCCAAAGUCAUGCAAGAUGCUACUGAUGAAUUUCAAGGCACUACUGAAGAAGGUCGUGUAACUGUUGCUAAUGCCAUUCUAGCAUUGCACAAGGGAGAUAUAAAAUUGGCCUUAGAAAUUCUACAAAGUAUAGGGCCAAGCCACACAUAUUAUCAACAGGCAUGCUGUAAGAGGGCUGAAAUACAUCUCAGUCACCGCAAGGAUCGUCGUGCAUUCGCCGAAUGCUUCCGUGAAUUGGUGGAAAAUUCUCCCGGUCCUCAGAGUUUUGUGAUGCUUGGUGAUGCAUAUAUGUCGAUUCAGGAACCAGACAGGGCUAUUGAAGCUUAUGAACAGGCUCUGAAACGAAACCCUCGCGAUGCAACCCUUGCUUGCAAGAUGGGGAGGGCUCUUGUAAAAACCCAUCAGUAUGGCAAAGCUAUUAAUUAUUACAAAGAAGCUGUGAAAGGGGAAGAUGCUGGACAAUUGAAACUUGACAUGGCAGAACUGUACAUGAAGUUAGGGCAGUAUGAUAAGGCUGAGAAAACCCUUUCCCAGGAAUUAGAACAUAAAACUGACGGUAGUGACAUGUCAUCGCUGGAAGCUCGGACCAAACUUCUGUUACUGUUGUCCAAGGUGCGAGAGAAAGCUGGCAAUAUUCAGGCAUCUCUUAAAACACUCAGAGAUGCUCGUGACAACCAGAGCCGUGUGCUGAAAAGAAUGAUGGUUGAGCAGUCUGGUGGUGGUUCUGAGGCACGUCAGGUGGCAGCAAACAUCUGUCAGCAAAUGGCAGAAUAUGCCAGUAUGUUGAGAGACCAUGAUGCAGCUAUUCGUUUCUACAAAGAGGCUCUUACUUAUUCUCCAGAAGAUACAAAGUCUUUGGUUGACUUGGCAAGAUUAUAUAUGCAGGUAAAUGAUUUGGAACAGUGCCAGAUGAGCUGCAUGACUUUGCUGAAGGCAGACGCCGACAAUGAGGCAGCUACUGUGAUGAUGGCUGAUCUGGCUUUUAGGAAAGUGGACUUUGAGACAGCUGCUUUCCACUUCCAGCAGCUGCUUCAAAGACGUCCCGAUUACUGGACUGCUCUUGCGAGGCUGGUUGAGGUGAUGCGACGAACUGGGAAUUUGGAAGAUGUGCCAUUCUAUCUGAACAAAGCGGAGGCUGCUUGCCAGCGUCCCAGUCAGGAGGCUGGUCUUGCUUAUUGCCAAGGCCUUUAUGGAUGGUAUUCUGGGAAUGCUAAUUCUGCUCUUCGUCAGUUUAACAGAGCACGCCUUGACCCUGAAUGGGGUCAACAGGCAAUUUAUAAUAUGAUUGAGAUUUGCCUUAAUCCUGAUGAUGAAACUUUAGGAACCGAGUCGGCAGAAGGAGAGGAUGCGGAGGUUCGAGGUUCCCACGAGAUGGCUCUGAGGAUGGCUGAAAGGCUUCUGAAGGAGCUUCAGCCUCGUCCAGGUGGUAUUGGUGGAGAUGAAGUUUUGAAUCAUCGUCUGCUUGGUAACUUUUUGCUUUUGGCGACCCGCAAGAAACCAAAUAUAGAACAGGCGCUGCAGGAUUUUGCAUCUCUAGCUACUCAAGAUGCUUACAGGGAUCAUGUUGGUACUGCUCUUGGCUUAGCAACAUCUUACAUGUUGCUCAAACAAAUACCACGAGCCAGGAAUCAGUUGAAGAGAGUUGCAAAGAAUGUGUGGAACUUUGAAGAUGCAGAAUAUUUAGAGCGCUGCUGGUUGCUGUUAGCAGACAUAUACAUUCAGAACAGCAAAUAUGACAUGGCAAGUGAACUGCUUCGCCGAGUAUUACAGCAUAACAAGGCAUGCACUAAAGCAUAUGAAUAUGCAGGUUACAUAGCUGAGAAAGAUCAAGCAUAUAGGGAUGCUGCAAACCAGUAUGAAUGUGCUUGGAAAUAUGGAGGUCAGGCAAAUCCUACUAUUGGAUAUAAGCUCGCAUUUAAUUACAUGAAGGGUAAGAGAUAUGCUGACGCUAUUGAUAUAUGUCAGCACGUACUCAGAGUACAACCAGAUUAUCCUCGUAUACGUAAAGAAAUUUUGGAAAAAUCAAGGAACAAUUUGAGAGCAUAAGAAAAUGCUUAAAUUACUCUUUCAACUGCAUGAAAUUUAAAUUCAGAAUAGUAUUAAAAAUAUAUUAAAAUAUGUUCCAUAUGUAAAUCGAGUACUCGAUACGGAACGAAAAAUGAUAUUUUAAUCUUUUAAUUAUCUUAUAUUGUGAUUGACGGCCAAUUUUAAUAUAUUUUUAAUACUAUUUAAAUAAAUCACAAUAUGACGCACCUACAAUAUCUCUUAAAUUCAGAAUAUUUCACACCCAUUUUAUUAAUUGUUUUUCUUGGAAGCACAAAACAGACCAACUGUGUACGAAGAGAGAUUUUAGAAAGAAAAAAAAAACAAUUUCGUAAUGUAAAUAUGUUACAAACGUGAUGUAAGCAGAACACAUUUCACAGCUUACAAACACAGACUGCAAGAAAUUGGGACAUGCUUAUUAGCAAUUUGACUACUCAUGCUGCAGAUACUUGCUUAUUUAGUGGUCUGUGAAGUUUUUCAUGGUUCGUGUUAUCUGUCUAUAAAAUGAGCGAUGAAGAUCUUAUACUUGUGAGUGCUGGAUAUAUUGCCGUGAAUGAAGGAAGAAAAAAUAAGAAGGAACUAUUUUUGGUGGAUGACAGCUGUUUCAGAAUAUAAAAAUAAAAACAUUAAACUGAUCUCUUAACAUUUAUCAUACAAGAAUAGGGGAUUAAAGCCCUGUACUUCAGA